AUUUAGUUUGUGGAUAACACUUAUCCAAACAUACAUGCAAAAUAAUGCAAUGUAUUGUAUGUCAUUCAGUAUUUAAUGCAAGUUGAAUUAAUAAAUAAUGUCCGACCUGAAAAUUUGUAGAAUUUGUUUACGGACUGAGUGUAACGUGUACGAAUAUGAACGAUUCCAACUCAAGUAUUAUUAUGAAGAAAUAUUGGCAUCUAAAAUCCCGGAGCCUGACUUAUUACCUCACUAUUUCUGCUAUGAGUGUGUUGCUUUACUGUGCAAAUUUCACAAGUUCAAAAGAAAAUGCUUCACGGGUCAGAUGGUACUUCAAGAGAUGCUUUGCAGUGGAGCGAUAACUUACCAAGCUGUUUACGAAGUGGACAAGAAAAGUAAAUCUCUAGAUUCCAGUCUCGGCAUCAUUAUGGUCUCCAAUCGUGUCAAAACAUACACUAUGCUAGAGACGAAUGCGAGUAGCGAUGACGAAAUAUACAAUGAUGAUACAGACUUUAAUCAUGAUCUUACAGAAAUAAAUAAUAAAGAAAUUAAACAGGUUAUUGAUACAAAUGAGUCUGAAAUACAACAUACAAAUGUAUCAAGUCAAUUAGAAAACGUUCAAAUUAUAAGUAUUAAGUCGGAAAAAGAGGAUGUUUAUGAUGCAACGGAAUAUAAGUUUGAAGCCGAUAUAAAAAUUAAGAAAUUGAGUUCGUUAUAUUGGAAGAGGAUAAAUCUUAGCGAGGAAGAGGCUGUGACUGAAUUUAGGGCUUGUGCGAAGAACCCUAAAUAUCUAAAAGCUAAAUAUCAGUGUAUGAUGUGUUUCAAAGGGUUUUCUAAAGAGGAAAUGCUGAAGAGGCAUCAUCAAUCGCGACAUAGUGAGACAAUCGGUCGUAUGGAGUGCCGUUUCUGCAAGAUGCGUUUCAGACACAAUUGUUCACUAGUGAAACACAUGCGCGCGCAUUACAACAAGUUCCAGUGUCUGAGAUGCGACCUAGUUUGUACUUUGGAGCAAACGGCACUUUUACAUGACGAAUAUCACAGUGGCAUAGUGAGAAAAUGCGCGUUUUGCAAUGAGGAGUUCAAACACAUGUCGACAUACUAUUCACAUCUGCGCACGCACCGCAGCGAGUUCGUGUGUACUUUGUGCGGCGUCUCGUUCGUGAGUAAAGCUGGUUUGCACCAACACAAGAGGAGGAAGCAUGUUUUAGAUGAAGUUGACAGCCCUGAUGACUUUGAAGAUUUGAACACUUACUGUGCGAGGUGUGAUAUACGUUUUGAAACGAGGAAGGCAUUUGAAGAGCAUUUGUUUCAUUCCACUAUGCAUACGGACAAUUUAGGAGACGAUACUGAGGAUGUUAAGAAAAAAAUCUUAGGAAAAAAGGAAAAAGCCAAGAUCACUAAUGCGCUAAGGAAAACGAAUACGGACGAAGAUAUAAUCGGCAUAAGUAUUCCAAGAAAAAGGGUCAAGAAGGUCAGAAGGCUGCGUCGGAAACCCACAACUUGUUACCAGUGCGGGCAACACUUCGCAACUCAGCAGGCGUGUAUGAAACACCAUCUAGCGGAGCAUCCCGGCACUUCGUUCUAUUCUAACAACGAGAGAGCGAUUUGUGAAAUUUGUGGAGCGUCUUUAGCUCCCGGCAGCAUAAUAAACCACAUGAACAUGCAUUCCCGCGAGAAGAUGCACCCGUGCGAAUUCUGCGACAAGACAUUCCAUGCGAGUUGUAGCCUGAAGCGACAUCUAGUGACCCACACAGGAGAGAAGCGGUUUCCUUGUUCAGUUUGCGGAAAACGUUUUACACAAAGUAACAGUAUGAAGUUACAUUACCGCACGGUACAUUUGAAGCAGCCCUACCCAAAGAGAAACAGAAGAAAAAAGAAAGAAGAGCCUCAGAGUGCGAUGGAGGACUCGAAAUCUGAGGAGUCGGACAGUAUGCCGGAACCCGAAAUGGGUUCCAUGGGUCCCAAGCCGGGACUCGAGCCGGUACCCAACGUGCCAAUGGACUGCGGCAAACAUAUGUCAGAGGGAAAUGUUUAUUUGACCCUAACGUAA